AUGGCGCACGCGCUGUGCGGCGACACGCCGCCGCUCGAGUGGUGCGGCCGCCGCGGCCACGCCUUCGCCAUCCAGGGCCUGCGCUCCAAGAUGGAGGACCGGUUCGCGGCCGAGGAGGAGAUCGCGCUCGGGGCGCGCGCGCCCGGCGAGGAGCAGCGCGACGGCCGCGGACUCUCCAUCUACGCCGUGUACGACGGACACGGCGGCGACUUCGCGGCCGAGUACACCAAGGACCACCUGAUCGAGGCGCUGAAGGCCAAGCUGCUGGAGGUGCACGUCCAGCGGGGCCGAGCGGCCGACGUGGGCGAGCCGGCCGACCCGGACGAGUCGGCCGACGCUGCCGCCGAGCCGGCCACCGCUGCCGCCGAGCCAGCCACCGCCGCCACUCCGUCCGCCGCCUCUCCGGCAGUCGAGUCGUCCGCCCGCGUCUCUAUAUCGAUAUCCCCGGCCGAGCCUGAGCCGGAGGGCGAGCGCGAGUCGGCCGGCGCCACGCUGGGCUCCUGCAAGUCGCACGAGGCGUACCAGCGCACGCGCAGCCCGCGGCGCAGCGCCUCCGCCCAGGGGGACAUGCUGGUCAACUUCUUCGGCCAGAUCAACUACACCAAGGUGAUGCAGGACGUGUUCAGCGAGGUGGACGCCGCCCUGCUGGACGCGGCGCGGCGCGAGGCGUGCAUCGCCGGCACCACGGCUGUGCUGGCGCUGGUGGACGGCGACCAGGUGGUGGUGGCCAGCUGCGGCGACUCGCGCGCCGUGCUCUGCGACGCCCGCGGCCACGCCGUGCCGCUCACCACCGACCACAAGCCGGACCAGCUGACCGAGAAGAAGCGCAUCACGGAGGCGGGCGGCUUCGUCACCUUCAACGGCGUGUGGCGUGUCAACGGCAUCCUGGCGACGAGCCGCGCGCUGGGCGAUCUGCCGUUCAAGGAGCGGCGCCUGCUCACGUGCCGCCCGGACGUGCAGACGGUGAGCGUGCGCCACCACGCGGCGCCGUUCCUGCUGCUGGCCUCUGACGGCCUCUGGGACGCGGCCAGCGGCCAGGAGGCCGUACAGCACGUGCGCGCGCGUCUCCACGAGCCGGAUCUGGGCGCGCGCAGCCUAGCGCUGCUGGCGUACCAGCGCGGCUCGCUCGACAAUAUCACCGUGCUGGUGGUGGACCUGCGGCCGGGGCAGCUGGGCCGGUCGGGCAGCUUCCGGCGCGCCGCCGCCAGCUAGGC